GCAGCGGCCGCGGCGGCCGGGGAGACGGCGGUGGCGGUGGCGCGCUGGCGACAUGGCCUUUGUCUCAGAGGAUGACUUUCGUCACAGUUCCAACUCCACCUAUAGAACCACAAGCAGCGCUCUCCACACUGACCAGGACGCGCUGCUUGAGAAGCUGCCGGACUGCUCCCCACCCCACCUGCAGAGGCCCGAGGACCGUUUCAAUGGGGCCUACAUCAUCUUCUUCAGCCUCGGCAUUGGUGGCCUUCUGCCAUGGAACUUCUUUAUCACUGCCAAGGAGUACUGGAUAUUCAAACUCUGCAACUGCUCCAGCCCAGCCCCAGGGGAGGAAACUGAGGACUCAGACAUCCUGAAUUACUUUGAGAGCUACCUUUCCAUCGCUUCCACCGUGCCCUCCGUGCUGUGCCUCGCGGCGAACUUCCUGCUUGUCAACAGAGUUCCGAUUCGUGUCCGUGUGCUGGCCUCGCUGACUGUCAUGCUGGCCAUCUUCGUGGUAAUGACCGUGCUGGUGAAGGUGGACACCUUCUCCUGGACCCGCAGCUUCUUUGCUGUCACCAUCGCCUGCAUGGCCAUCCUCAGUGGCUCCUCCACCGUCUUCAAUAGCAGCAUCUUCGGCAUGACUGGCUCCUUCCCUAUGAGGAAUUCCCAGGCACUUAUAUCAGGAGGAGCCAUGGGCGGCACCAUCAGUGCCGUGGCCUCCCUGGUGGACCUGGCGUUGUCCAACGAUGUGACAAACAGCACCCUGGCCUUCUUUCUGACGGCGGACGUCUUCCUCAGCCUCUGCAUCGGGCUCUACCUGCUGCUGCCGCGGCUGGAGUACGCCAGGUACUACAUGCGGCCUGUUUGGCCGCCCCACGUGUUUUCUGGUGAAGAACAGUCAUUCCAGGACUCGCCCAGUGCCCCUUUGGUGGCUCCCGGAUCCAGCUCCUCCCCAACACCACCCCUCGUCCCCAUCCUAAAGAAGACGGCGGGCCUGGGCUUCUGUGUCAUCUACCUCUUCUUCAUCACCAGCGUCAUCUUCCCUGCCAUCUCCACCAACAUUGAAUCCCUCGACAAGGACUCAGGCUCACCGUGGACCGCUAAGUUCUUUGUCCCCCUCACUGCCUUCCUCCUGUUCAACUUUGCUGACCUGUGUGGCCGGCAGAUCACGGCCUGGAUCCAGGUGCCAGGGCCCAGAAGUAAGGCGCUCCCCGCGCUCGUGCUGCUCCGGACCGGCCUCGUCCCCCUCUUCAUGUUCUGCAACUUCCAGCCCCGUGUCCACCUGCAGACGGUGGUCUUCCCGUCCGACAUCUACCCAGUGCUGUUCAGCUCCCUGCUGGGGCUCAGCAACGGCUACCUCAGCACCCUAGCCCUCAUCUACGGGCCCAAGAUCGUGUCCAGGGAGCUGGCCGAGGCCACAGGGGUGGUGAUGUCCUUUUACAUGUAUGUAGGCUUGGUACUCGGCUCGGCCUGCUCUGCCCUGCUUGUGCACCUCAUCUAGCAGGGGUCAGUGGCAAGAGAGUCGGCACCGCAAGCCCGGUGAGAAGGACGGGACCAGCCGGGAGGGCUCGGCGGGCGUGCAGAGGUCUGGAGUUGGGCUCAGUGCAGAGAGCGAAGCACACCCGGGCCUCAUCUCUACCUGGGGAGCCGGUGACACGUGCUGUCUCCGUGCCAGGCAGAGACAUUCCAGACACUUUAACAGAGCACUCCCGAGACUUUUGAAGAAGAGCGAAAGACAUCUGAAUAAGACACAGUUACACAGACGCGAAGUGGGGUAUCACUUUCCUAGCUGAUGGUUACAUUCCGCCUUAUUUGUAGCCUCUUGGGGACUGUGUUGCCAGUGUUUGGCUCAGUUAAGUGCUAAAACCCAGCCUUGCUCCUUCCAGCUGACAGCACGAUGGGAGAAUUCUCAGCUCUCCCUAACCAGAGGGGUCCCGCUGGAAAAGAAGUCCCCAUGGGAUGGCCAGUCGUCAGGUUCAGGGCCCAAGCCCAUGCAGACGCGUCUUUCUGUGGGUGGGAGGGCACCCUCCCACCAGCAGGACAGGUCUGCCAGGAAGCCUUCAUUCCUGAAACUUGGGCUCCAGAAAGUCUCCCUGUGCCAGAGACCAAGUGUGUCAGGCCUGGGCUUUCAAAUAGGGAUCUUUAAAGUGGUCUAUGGCCUGGGUCAGGGCUGUGCCUUUUAACUUGAUGUUUACAACAUUGUCAUUUAUCCAAGGGCAUAAUAAAUACCUGGGCAUUUAUUUGUAUUCCUAAGUGGCACAGAACAAUCAAACCUGAUCUUGAACUCCUAAGUCCUCAGCCACCUGCUCUCUUGCUCUUCUAGUUGAGCUCUGACUCACUUCUUGGUUCUUGACACCUGCUGUUCCACUUAAUGAAGUGUCUGUAUUAGUCAGGGUCUUGGUAGGAAAGAAUACUCAAAAUGGGUAAUUUGAGGAUAUUUGAAGAGUGAGUGUAGGAUGCUGAGGAGGGCGUACAUCCAACCUGCUGUGACCUACAAGAGGUGAAUUUUCUCCCGCCCUCCCAUCUCCUUAGAUCUCCCAGUCCCUGUGGCCUGAACCACCGCCAAGGAGCAGGCGCAGAAGGUGGAGAGGGGAUGGAGGGGCAGAAGGUAUUCAGCUCAGGGUCUCAUCUGGAGUGGGGCCGCCAGCCCCUCCGCCUUCAUAGAUUUAUUUGUUACUAAGGUCAGUUCAGCUCUGAAGCUUUGGCCAACAGAAUGUUGCUUUGUCCUCAGCUGUGUGGGGGUCUAUUUUGAAGCUGUUGUUUCAAAAGGUAACCCUCGGGUUCUGUGACCCCACAUUUGCCGUCACCUGACGUGAGUAGUCAUUUAAAUUGAUUUCAGGUUCUUCGAAGGCCUCUGCGAGGCUGUGCCUUGGGGGGGAGCAGGCUGUGCCUUGGCGUGGGGGAGCAGGCCGGCUUGGGAAUCAGAGAGAGAAAGGAACUCGAUCAGACCAGGAGUUCUUUCUCAGCAGUCAUGCAGGAAGAACAGAGCUUGUCCCCAAGAAGUGGCAGCCCUAGAGCCAUAAACGAGCCCACUCCUCUGAAGUGCACGGGCUCUGGUGGCGCGCGGACAGCCACUUAGACGGGGAUGCAGUCGGCAGCCCACCCAGUGACAGCAGCGUGCAUUCCCCACCGUCUCAGGCUGGUACACACUCCCUCCCGGGCCAGAGAAGUGAAGAGGACACCCUUGAAUGGUUUCUUGACACUUGAUACCUAAAAAAAAUAUUAAAAAGCAUUUUAAAAUAAACCCUUCCGUCUCCCCUCCCCUUGCCAGAGCCUGAAACCUCCCCAUCAGUUUUUUGCACCAACUUGAGUGCUGUUGAUCACUUGGGGCAUUCAUCUGCCUAGUGACUCGUCUCAACCUCAGGUGUUUUCUAAAUGGGCAGUGUGUCUGCAUUAAAGUAAAACAGCAGCCUCUGAGCUCAGAGACGGGGACCACCCUGGAGCUAACAGGGAAGGAAUAGUAGGGGCCUCGCAUGGUCUGUUAA